AGUGUGAUAGCGCUGAAAGCUGAAAAUUGCCCUAGACAGGAGGGGGGGGAGGGGGGGAAGUGUCUGGACAGGAAGGGGGGGAAAGUGUCCGGACUGGAAGGGGUGUGUGAAAGUGUCUGGACUGGAAGGAGGAAGUGUCCGGGACUGGAAGGGGGUGAAAGUGUCUGGACUGGAAGGAGGAAAGUGUCCGGACUGGAAGGGGGGGGAAAGUGUCCGGACUGGAAGGGGGGGAAAGUGUUCGGACUGGAAGGGGGUGAAAGUGUCCGGACUGGAAGGGGGGGAAAGUGUCCUGACUGGAAGGGGGUGAAAAGUGUCCGGACU